AUGGCCGAGAUGCCACCCUUCGACCCGGCCCAACCAGAGCGGCUAAAGGUGGCCGGCCAGAACUCCAGCUUCGUUUUCAAACCCCACCAAGUGGUCGACGCCGGCACACUAGUCCAGCUCUGCAAGACACCAAUCCAUGGCGGACUGCUGGCGAACGAGACAGGCACGGGCAAGACGGCGACAUACCUGCUCGCCCUGGUCAUGCAGCAGCUCGAGAAGGAACGGGUGCACGCUACCGGCACGCCGGUGGUGUUCAAGCCUGCGAUGCUCGUGGUGCCGGCGGCGACGAUUGCGCAGGUGUUUAACGAGAUCCACACCGUCACGGGCGACUCGUUCCAAGUGGGCGUCUACUACUCCUACCCCGAAGCGAUCAAGGACCAGUCGGAAAAGCGGCUGCGCGACGCCACCUUUCGGCCCCACCAGUUCCAACGGUGGUGCGACGAUGUCACGAAAGAGUCGGCACUGCUGCGCCCAAGCAAUGGCCGGCGACUGCUCCUGACCAGCUACACCACGGCGACGCGCCGCAUGCUCGAGCUUUACCAAGAGCAGAAGGAGGAUGCUGUGGCGGCGGCGGCGGGCAACAACAACGGUGAGGAAGUGGAGGCAGAGGCGGAGCAAGCGGCUAACGCCAAUUCCGGCGCCAACGACAAUGCCAACGAUAAUGCCGACGACAAUGCCGACGCCAACGCCAAUGGAGAGGCAGAGGAGGACGAGACGGAGGAGAAGGUAUGGUACGAAAAGGGAAAGCUGCGCGAGCCACUCAGCAAAGUGGCCUUUGGCACCAUUAUUUUUGACGAGUGCCAGUACGUGCGGCGCCCGCUCUCGACCUAUGGCUGGCUGGCCCGUCUGCUGCAGGCAGAGGGCAAAAUCCUCGCGUCUGCGACUCCCUUCCUCAACAUCAUCCAAGACAUCCGGGGUGCGCUGACCAUCCUGACCGAGCACGCCAAGAUUGGCUUUCAAGUGCCAUCCAUCGGCAACGCGGCCAAGCGGCUAUACGAGGACGACUUCAACCCAGAGACCGAGGAGCUCGAACACUUGGGCUUCCUGGCCGGGCCGGGUCUCAUCGCCAAAUUCCCCGGCAUGACCGAGGUGAUCGAUGCAUGGCGGGCAGACGGGAAGCGGUACUGGCAGGCCCAGUCGCAGGUGCUGAUGACGCGGGGCCAGAAUAUGGCCUGGAGCACGGAGUUUUUGACGACAGCGGUACACAAGGCCCUGCGUCUAAUCCAGCUGCGGCGCAGCAUGCAUACGCCUCUGAUCCUGCCAGACGGGAGCACGACAACGCCUGGCGACGACCUGCCGGCCUUUGCCAUCCGGACGCACGUGCUGCAGCACCACAACGAGCUCACCGACAUGGUGCAGAAGCUGACGGACAACCUGCUGGCACGCACACGAUUCCGACGCAGCCGCCGGCGCCGCGCGGACGGCGAGGCCACAGCCAAGAAGCCGACCGCCAUCCUGGACAGACGGGCAGCCGCACUGGUGGCGUUCAACGCCUGCGCCGCGUACAUGGUGCAAAACCGCCGCGGCAACAAGGCCAUCCUGGGCGUGCCGGACAUGGAGGAGCUCCGGCAGGCAGGACCGGCCGGCGCGCUCUCGACCAUCAUGUACGAGACCAACACCGGGGCGGCGGCGAUGAUGAUGCCAACGGGGCGGGCGGAGAUGGCGACCUUUGCGAUGCGCUUCUCGCCUGUGCUGGCCAAGGUGGUGCAGCUGGCCAUCGAGGCCGUGCAGGCCAAGGAGCGCAUCCUUAUUAUGGUGGACCAGAUCUGGGCACAGGAGGUCAUCGCGCAGACCCUGACAGAACUGGGCCUGGACGUGGAGUCGGUGCGGGCAUCGCACAAACCGACCGAGCGGCGCCUGGCGGUCGGCCGCUUCAACGACCCGACAGCCGAAGUCAGCGCCUACGUGACGAGCAUGAACUUGUCGUCGUUCGGGCUAAACUUGCAAAAAUGCUGCAGCCGCGGAGUGCUGGCACAGUUCAGCUACUCGUUCAAUACCUUUGAGCAGUGCCUGGGCCGACUAGUGCGCAUCGGGCAGAACAGCAAUGUGACGUGGUCGAUCCUGAAGCAGGACGCCUCGUACUCCUGCCUGCAAGAAGAGCGGCUGUACGAGAAGUGGGCCAAGCAGCUCCUGGCUGCGCUGACCCUGCCGGAGCACCUGAGCGACACGAGCGCCGAAGUGGUGGUGUACGAGGUGAUGCGCCUGCACUGGGGCGCGCCCUUUAACCGCUACGCCUGGCGGCUGGACGUGCCGCACACGGCGGCCGACUACGAGGACGAGAAGAUGGGCCGACUUGGAGCGAUGCUGUCGCGCGUCGCACUCGGUCUUCUGGACGCAGACAAUGGACCCGGGCUGGCGGAGCUGGUCAACACACGGCCGAGCGCGCUGCUGGCUCUGGCGACCGAACUGGAGGCAGAGGAUGCGACGGUCGAGGCGAUAGUGGGCGCGCUGCUGGCGGCGCAAGACGAGGGAGGAGUCGGCGAACUAGCCGAAGCAAUGCGCCAACAGACCUUGGAGCCGAGCCCGAGCGAGAACGAGAGCGAGAGCGAGAGCGAGCCGGAGACAGAGGAUGACGACGACGAAGACGACGGCGACGACGGUGACGAAGAUGGCGGCGCAGAGGGGGAGCGGGGUCAAGAGCCCACACGCGCCCAGAAGCGCCGGCCUUCGCAAAGCCCGGACGAGAUCCCGUCGCCGGCUAGGGGAGCAAAGGGUGGACGGAAGCGGCGUACCAAGCGCAGCAAGGCGACGGUGAUCGAGGACAGCCAGGAGGACGACGCGGCUGCGAUGUAG